GGAAAAAGAGUUCUGUUUUUUGGUUUGCGGUAUUCAGUUCCCACAGAGAGAACAUUGAAAGAAGCGAGGAUGGCCGGAGGAGGAGGAUCAGUGAAGGAAGUUGGAUCAAAGGGAGAGCUCGACAAGAUAGUCGGCGACGGGUCACCGGCGAUUUUGCACUUUUGGGCAACAUGGUGUGAAGCUUCUAAGCACAUGGACCAAGUCUUUUCUCACCUUUCUACUGAUUUCCCACAUGCCCAUUUUCUCAGAGUUGAAGCUGAAGAACAGCCUGAGAUAUCUGAGCUGUACUCUGUUUCUGCUGUUCCUUUCUUUGUGUUCUUCAAGGAUGGUAAGGCUGUUGAUACGUUGGAAGGGGCUGAUCCUUCUAGUUUGGCCAACAAGGUUGCAAAAAUUGCUGGAUCAAUCACUCCUGGGGAUCCUGCAGCUCCUGCUAGCCUAGGGAUGGCUGCAGGUCCCACUGUUCUUGAAACAGUUCAGGAAUUGGCUAAAGAAAGUGGCGCUCCUCAAGUUGUAAGUUCUGGUCUUGAUGAUCGGCUGACAACGCGACUUCAGCAGCUGGUUGCUUCUCAUCCAGUAAUGCUUUUCAUGAAAGGAAACCCUGAAGAACCCAAGUGUGGUUUUAGUCAGAAAGUUGUCGAUAUUUUGAAGAAAGAGAAUGUCAAAUUUGGAAGUUUUGAUAUUCUGACGGACAAUGGGGUCCGGGAGGGGUUGAAGAAAUUUUCCAAUUGGCCAACAUAUCCUCAACUGUACUGCAAGGGUGAACUUGUUGGUGGUUGUGAUAUUAUUAUAACUAUGCAUGAGGCUGGUGAACUUAAGGAAGUUUUCAAGGAUUACGGGGUAGAUACUGCUGGUGAAAAAGGUGGCAUCUCUGAACCAUCUGGCUUGAGUGCUGCCCUGACUACUCGUCUUGCGGGUCUGAUAAAUUCUAACCCGGUUAUGCUGUUUAUGAAAGGAACACAUGAUGAACCCCGGUGUGGAUUCAGCAGAAAGGUGGUGGAUAUUCUUAAACAGGAGAAAGUAGAGUUUGAGAGUUUUGACAUUCUUACUGAUGAUGAAGUCCGUCAAGGACUGAAAGUUUAUUCCAACUGGUCUAGCUAUCCGCAGCUGUACAUAAAGGGUGAACUUAUUGGUGGAUCGGACAUAGUACUGGAGAUGCAAAAAAGUGGCGAGCUUAAGAAGGUUCUUGCUGAGAACGGGAUUCACGAGAAAGUCAGUCUUGAAGACCGUUUAAAGAGUAUAGUAAAUUCUUCACCUGUAAUGCUCUUUAUGAAGGGUACACCAGAUGCUCCAAGAUGUGGUUUCAGCUCCAAGGUUGUAAAUGCUUUGAAGGAGGAAGGGGUCGAGUUUGGAUCCUUUGACAUUCUAUCCGACGAAGAAGUGAGGCAGGGAUUAAAGACCUUCUCCAACUGGCCAACUUAUCCACAGCUGUAUUACAAAGGCGAACUGGUAGGAGGAUGUGAUAUCGUGCUGGAACUGCAAAGCAGCGGUGAACUGAAGUCAACAUUAUCUGAAUAGAAGAAGCAACGGACCAGGUUCCGUGUAUCAGCCAUAACAUGUUAGCUGUCUCCCAGGUCUUACAUUUUGUGUCAACGUUAUUUCAUGGUGGCUGAACUGCCAAGAAUUCAUGUUACUAGAGUAAUAGAGUUACAUUCUUAGAGACGGUUAAUGUUGUGUCUUUGGAGACCUUAUCUUUCAAUUUUUUGGUUCUCUUUCCUUCAGCUACGCGAUGAGUUUGUUAUGACAUUUAACUUGUAGAUUAAUUUGAGAAUUUAGAUUAUUGUUAUGACA